CUGCUUAGCCCUGGAGCAAGUCCCUACUCUGUCUAGAUUAAGCUUUCCUUUUGAAGGAAAAUCUUUAUUUAAUGCUUAUUUAAGAUGAAGACUAGGCUUAAUCCUCGUUUGGGAAACUGACUCCUAGAGUUUACACUUGGUGAACAUACCCUUAAAGCUCUUGAAGCUUGCUGCUGAUUGGACGUUUUUUGAAGUGGUGUAGUCUGGUGCUGAUCUAAGGUGUGUUUUAUGAGAACAUUUACGAGAACAAAAAGAUGUCAACACUGAUCAUCUGCAGCAGCACCUCAACCACACGAAGAGGGUGUGAGAGGAGUGAGUUUCAGUGAGAGAGAGAGAGAGAGAGAGAGAGAGAGAGGAAGAGAGAGUGUGAGAAAGGAACAGAGGAAGAGAGAGUGUGAGAAAGGAAGAGAGAGAGAGCACUGCGGAGCACUGCGGAGGACAGGUGGCAGUUCAGGAGGCGAUGGAGGUGCUGGUUCUGGUGGUCUGGGCUGGCUGGGCUCUAUCAUUGUCAGAUGGUUUUAACAUGGACGUCACAGAUCCAGAGAUCUUCUCCGGGAGUCAGAAGGAUUUCUUUGGUUACCAGGUUCUUCAAUAUCAGUCAGAUUCACACAAACAAAUUCUCGUUAGCGCUCCGUUAACCUCAAACCAGUCAGGAGCAGUGUACAGCUGUGCAGUAAAUACAGUUAACUGCACUCAACUGAACCGGCAAGAUUCUGAGGAUGCCCGGUUCUUUGGGAUGUCCUUGGCAGCGAGCUCCACCCCUUCUCCAGUCCUGACCAGCUGCAGUCCCAGUGUUACUCGAGACUGUGAUGGAAACUCAUAUCUGAGCGGAAUCUGCUACAAUUUUAACAGCAAACUGCAAACCACCAGCAAGAACAACAUUGGCGUUCAAGAGUGCACAAAAGGUCCGGUUAACCUGGUCUUCCUAUUCGACGGCUCCUCCAGCAUGAAGUCAUCUGAUUUUAACUUGAAUAAAAAGUUCAUAUGGGAUAUUAUUACACAACUUCAAAACUCCACCAUUACGUUUGCUGCCGUUCAGUUUUCUGGGGAUCAUCGCACUGUUUUCACCUUUAAAGACUACAUGGAGAAAACGGCUAAGCAGAAGCUGGAUAACGAGCAGCACAUGCAGCAUCUCACCAACACCCACCGAGCCAUCGACUACGUCCUAGUCAGUCAUUUCAAUAAUGUGUCCAGUGGGGCAGAUCCCGAUGCUACGAAGGCUCUGGUCAUCAUCACAGAUGGAACUCCAACUGAUUUUAACACUCAAAAUGUUAUAAAGAGAUGUGAAGAUCAGCGUAUCUUACGCUUUGUUAUCGGGGUGGGGAAUCUAAAUUUAAACAACCUCAAGGUUUUUGCCUCAGAUCCCAAAGACAAAAACACAUUCAUGAUUCAGGAUUACGGAGGACUGGAUGGACUUCUCUUCAACCUGCAAAAUAAGAUCUACACUAUUGAAGGUGGGGUUUUAAACAGGAAACGGACGAAGGAGUUAUCUCAAAGUGGAUUCAGCGCUGUUUACAUCGAGGAAACUCUGGUCUUGGGUGCUGUUGGAUCAAAUGACUGGCGUGGAUCACUGUACGAAGUUCUGGGAUCUGGAACCGGAGCCACGGAGGAGGAGAUCAAAGACCCCGGGAUGGAUAAUGACUUGUACAUGGAUUCAUACCUGGGUUACUCUGUAGUGGGGGGGCAGAGGGGAGGAGUUUCACUUUUGUUUUCUGGGGCUCCGAGAGCCAAUCACACGGGUCGGGUGAUUUUCUUCAUAAAGCAUAAAGAGACCUGGAGUGUUCAAACCAGCAUCACUGGAGAACAGGUCGGCUCGUAUUUCGGAGCAUCUCUGUGUUUGCUGGACGUUGACGUUGAUGGUGCUGCAGACUUUCUUGUGAUUGGAGCUCCUCAGUACUACCAGGCUCAGCCCCAGAGCGAGGGCAGGAUGUACGUCUACAGAAUCACAGAUCAGAUGAUGCUGGAGGAGGUGCAGAAGGUGUCUGAGAACGUUCUGGGUCAGUUUGCAGCUUCUGUAACAUCUGUAGCAGAUCUGAAUGGAGACGAGCUGCAGGAUGUGGCUGUUGGAGCUCCGCUGGAGGACGACGGUAGAGGAGCCGUCUACAUUUACCUCGGUAACCAAUCACAGGGCGUACGUCCCAAAUACAGCCAGAGAAUUCUGGCUCGGACCAUCUCUGAAGAGCUGAAGCAGUUCGGUGUGGCGAUCGACGGAUCCAUGGACCUGAAUGAAGACAGACUGACAGACCUGGUCGUAGGAGCGAGAGGAACCAUGAUACUGCUAAAGGCUCGACCAGUUCUGUCUGUUUCUGCUCAGCUCAGUUACUCCCCCUCUGAAAUUAACCUGGAUCAUUUUGACUGUGGGAUUAAACCUGAAAAGUUCAUACCGGUUAUGACUCUGGAGAUCUGCUUCAGUGUGACUGAGAACACCCACAGCACAGGGGGGGUCAGCGGUGGUCUGAACGUGUCGUUCGAGCUCAAUGCCGACGCCGUGAGAGGCGGGAGUCGAGCGUUUUUUGAGUUGGACGAUAAAAACUCCAGGAGUGUCCUGAGGUCCGUGCUACUGAGCUCAAACCAGCACUGUUCCAACCAAACGCUGUACAUGAAGAGCUGUGUGAGGGAUACGCUGUUACCUGUGUUCAUUCGGCUGAAUUUCUCUCAGUCUGAAGACCAAACGCUCGGAUCCACAGCCGUCCUGAACAUCGAUAGCAGAACCCAGGCUACUGUGGAGGUUCCCUUCCAGAGGAACUGCCAGAGCAACACCAGCUGUGUAGCAGAUCUACAGCUCGACUUCAGCUUCACGAACAGCACGCUGCUGGUGGUGGAUCAGGCGUAUUUCAUCAUUAAUGUAACUCUACUGAAUAAAGGAGACGAUUCCUUCAACACCACCGUGGUGCUUCACUACCCCCCCGGACUCUCGCUCUCCAUGUCUGAGAUCGUCAAGGCCACUAGGAGGACUUUGAUCAGUUGUGGAGAUCGAGAUGAUGGUGCGCUGGAUAAAACAACCUGUAGUAUCAGUCUACCAGUCUACCGUAAAGGCACAAGUGCAACAUUCCAGGCUAAGUUUCGGAUCUCUAGAUUCUAUGAGUGGAACGAGACGAUGGAGAUGACCAUUGUGGCGAGAAGUGAAAAUAACGGUAACUUCACUGACGGAAUCGUGAAAAAGUCUCUGCCGGUUCAGUUUGCCGUUGACGUGGCCAUCAUCCUCGUUCCUGAGUCUUCUGUAACCUAUCUGAACUUCUCUCUGGAAGACAAAGGUCCAAAAAAAGUUAUUCUGACCUACAAGGUGAGUAAUCUGGGGCUGAAGGGUCUACCUGUAUCUGUGAACUUCAUGAUGCCGUCUCAGAUCAGCCAGAACUUCAGUCUAAAGGAGCACAAAGUGUUACAGAACAAUACAAAAUGUGAGAUCAAAGAGGAGAAGAACUUGGACUCGUGUCCAGGGCAGAUGAGCUGUGUAAGGGUGGACUGUCAUUCCUUUGAUCUGGAUGCAGGUUCUUCUGUUGAGUUUGAGCUGGAAGCUCAGCUGACCUUCCUGAACCCUCAGCUCUACACAGGGAGAUGGUCUUUCCAUGAGUUUGGUUUGGAGGAGAAGUUCUCCAGCUCUGCUCAGCUGAUCUUUAACAGAAACAGAUUUAAUCAGAUAUCCAGCAGUCCAGAGGAUGAUGGUUCCAGAUUCCACAGGGUAAAGGUCAGUGUUAAGGCAGAGCUGGUCAUUCCUCCGGACAUGUAUUUGAUCGUGAGCUCCGGAGGGUUCGCCGGGCUCCUCCUCCUCAUCUUAUUCAUCCUGCUUCUGUGGAAGUGUGGGUUCUUUAAGAGGAAGCGUCCGGAUGAUCAGGGUGAGAUGUAUGGAGAUCUGGAAACAAGUGAAAAAGCAGAACUUCAGCCAAAAGAUCAGGAGGAGGAGAUUCAGCCCCUCACUGAAACCCAGAAUCAGAAACCCCAGGAACAGUAAGAGGAACCAGGAACCACCUUCACCAGAGCUUCACCCUCCAUCAGCACCUUCUUCACCCCUCACCGACAUCAUAUACAUAUGCACAGAAAUUUACAUAUAGAAAUAAACCAUAUACAGAUAUAUAUAUAUAUAUAGUGGAGCAGGUGCUGAUGGAGGGUUAAGACUUUAAGAAAUUUAUGUUUUUAAUAUUUUUUUGUAUUUAAUUUACUUUAUUUCUUAGAAUUUAUAUUACUAUAAGUCUCAUCUCUUCUGUUACCAUGAUUUUCAUCAUUAUUCUGUAUUCUGUAUUAUAUAUGGUAUAUAUAUAUAUAUAUAUAUACACUCACUGAGCAGUUCAUUAGGAACACUGGGAAACACCUCCACCAGCUGGUGCACAAAAAUGUUCCUAAUAAACUGCUCAGUACAUCUGUUUAUUUUUAAUGUAUUUUUCUUUGUAUGUUUUGUGAACUUAUUAAUUUGAUAAAAGAAUAAAGUGAAAUAAACAU